UAACCAGUCUUAAUCAUCCUUUACUGAGAGUAUCUUGGUCUUUGGCCGCGGGUCCACCGUUUGUUAAAUCGUUAAUUCAGACUUAUUUGUCAUUAUAUUUGUCGUUCAGUCGGAAGCAACGGCUAUUUUUUUAAAAUCAUGAACAAAUACUUUGCUAUUGUACUCUUGGUCGCGGCGGUCGUUGCUCAGGAUGAAGAACGCCCCAAGACAUUCAGAAGACUUAUUCCAGCUGAUGUUCUUCGUGACUUUCCGGGAAUGUGUUUUGCAUCAACCAAGUGCGCAACAGUAGAAGCAGGUAAAAGCUGGGAAUUGUCUCCAUUCUGUGGUCGUUCUACCUGUGUCCCAGCAGACGACGACUCUGGCAGACUCUUCGAGCUGGUCGAGGACUGUGGACCUCUUCCAAAAGCCAACCCCAAGUGCAAGCUCUCUGAGAAAACCAACAAAACCGCAUCCUUCCCCGACUGUUGUCCAAUCUUUGAGUGCGAAGAAGGCGCUAAACUCGAGUACCCCGAAAUUCCAACCGUUCCACCACCAUCCGAGGAAACAGCUAAACCUGAAGCUGCUAAAGUAUGAUUUAUUAAACUCGAAUCAAUCUUUGUAAAUUUAUAAUGAUAAAAAUGAAAAUAUAUCCACAGAAUCGGUCGGCGUAGCGCGAACGUGAUUUUACUUCUAAGUUUGUACCCAGUAGUUUCCAAAAAACAAAUCGUCUAAACGUCAUUCCGAUUUUUGUCAUUUAAAUUUUUAUAAGAAUUUUUAAGUUUGUAAAUAUAUACAAUCUACGGAAUUAAUUAGUACUUUUAAUACUAUUGAUGAUACUGCGAUAAAAAAAAAAAAAAAAUUAAUAAAUACGACGAAGAUUAACAAAUUAGUUGGAUCCAAAUGCACCGUCACAAUUAACUACACAGUCUUUCUAUUAAUUUUUACGUAAGCUAUCAGGAAAUUUCUUUUAGCACCCCAACACAUACACGCUGAUUUUAUUACCGUGACAUAAAAUUUUUUAAUACGUACACCUACUUAUGUUUUCAAUAAAAAUGUGUGAUUUAUAAUUAAAAUACAAUUGUAUGCUGUUAAUAAUACUUAUUUAAUACAA